AUGUUACUGCCUCCAUGUCUAAUGUUGUCACGACGAACGAUCUCCGUACCGAUCAUCUUUUGUUUGGCGAUUUCAAUCUGCCUGAUCUAUGCUGGCGUACCACAGGCACAGGUUAUGCUUACUCCUGAAUCGACUUCUCCUAGCAUUACCUUUAUUGACAGCAUAUCUGUGGUAAAUCUAAAACAGCUGAACGUAGCGAGAAACUGUUUAAACCGUACGCUUGAUUUACUGUUCGUGAGCGAAGAUUUGUUACCAAUGUGUACUUUUGUUGAAACACAUGAAGCUCUAGUACCAGUUGAUCCAUUGCACCCUCCAAUUCUAGCGACUUUGAAAUGCCUGCCCCGUAUGGUUUUCACAGAACUUAACAAUCACAGACGGCUGGAUUUUUCGAGAGCGAACUACGCGCAGCUGAACGAAGCACUUUUAACUGUUGACUGGGCAACGUUGUACAACUUGCAUGACAUCGAUGAACCAGUUCAGUGCUUCACUACCACUCUCACACAACUUUUUACAGAGCAUGUUCCCGUCUGUCGCCCUCGCCCAAGCCCGCCCUGGUCUAAUAACUAUCUUAGAUACCUGAAACGUAAACGCGCCAACGCUCUCAAAAAGUUUUCCAACAAUCGUAACCUGGUCACCAAAAGAAGGUUUCACCACGCCAGCUCUAAGUACAAAAGUUAUAACCGCGGGCUAUAUGCUCGUUAUGUAACACGAAAGCAGAGUGCAAUGAAAAAGUUUCCCAAGCGCUUUUGGACUUUUGUAAGCGAAAAGCGGAAAGAAGCAGGUUUACCGUCAAUCAUGUUUUUGGGAGAUGAAUAUUCGACAGACGCAGACGGCACAUGCAACCUAUUCGCUAAACAAUUCUCCAGAGCAUUCGAUGAAACGACAGUAAGUCAGGAUCAGACUGAUUCAGCCAUUAGGAACGUACCAAGAGGAGCUCUAAGUAUGAACAUCAAUGAGUUCUCAGACGAGGAUGUCAUGAAUGGUGUCAGAAAACUGAAAUCAUCUACCAGACCCGGACCGGAUGGAAUUCCUGCGAUAGUUCUUAUCAAAUGCGCCCGGGCCAUCCGCGGUCCGCUGGGUUCCAUUUUCGAAAAGUCGCUUGCACAGGCGGUAUUUCCGGAUAGGUGGAAAAAAUCCAUUAUGUUUCCGGCGUUCAAAAAGGGGGAUAAGCGUGAUGUAGCAAACUACCGUGGUGUGACUUCGCUAAGUGCCAAACUGUUUGAGAUCCUUGUUGGCGAUGAAUUGUUUCGGUCAGCAAAAUCAUAUAGUUCCCAAGACCAACAUGGGUUUUUUUCGUGGAGAUCGACAGCGACAAAUUUGGUGCAGUUUACUUAUAUGUGUCUAAAGUCAAUGGAACAGGGAUCUCAGAUCGAUACAGUCUACACCGACCUCAGCAGCAAAGUCAGCAUUCGACAAAGUUAA